AUGCACCGCAAUGGGGAGGCCCAGGGAGAGGAAGAGGAAGAGGAGGAAUAUGGACAGAUGUAUGUUACACCUGUGGACAAAGAGGGCACUGGGCCUCUGCUUGUCCCUCACAAGGAGGACAACCACGACAACACCACAACCAAUACCAACAAAGGGGAGGACGAGGAGGUCACUACAGAGAAAGAGGAGGACCUAAACUUCCGUUUCCAGCACAAAUGCCUGCUCAGGCCUGGGAGCCAGAACAGGAGUAUUGACGGGACCCAGAGACGAAAUCAGGCCAACUGCCCUGUCAACCUACUCGGCAGAGACCUACUGGGAAAAUUGAGAAUGACCAUCUACUGUGGCCCUGAUGGACUGCACCUCUCCACUACAUCAUCCCAAUGCAUCAAUCAAGGACCCUAUUCCAGAGUAUUAUACAUGACACCUCCCCCUGAACCUAAAGAACCCUUUACCAGAGUAUACUGGAUGAAACUGCUCCCCACAGGUCCUGACACUCCCCACAUCCAAUAUCUGUACAUGCAGUGGAAACCAUGGUUACAGACCUUACACCCCUACAAAGCCCCACAGGAUGAACUCCACUGCACCCUGAACUAUCUGACACAACCAGAUGAGUUAUAUGAUGAAGCCUGGCAGGAAGAAAUGGAGAGUCACACUCAGACACUCAAAUUCACCUCCAUUUUUGCAGGAAAAGAAGGUGUAGCUGCCUUUUGUGAGCUCACUAGAGACCAAGAGGGUUGGUAUGCUCUACACGGAGACUCAAGCCCCCAUGUCACACUGGCUGUCGGCAGUGACUAUGAGGCUAGAUCUCUUGGACCUAUGGUAAAAAGAGCACUGACACUCUCAUGGGAAUCGACUGCUGCCCCACGAGUCUGGAAGGCCAAAGAAGAAGACAUGUGGUGUAUUGCCGCACCCAUAACAGACAAAACAAUCUCGGAGAAUAAAGAUUUGCCCCGCUUCCAUGGCAGGGAAAAAACAGACCAUCCUGAUACUCCCCGGAUCUUAGGAGAGGUUCCACCACAGAUCUGGACUUCUUCAUCUCAAGAUGUUGGCUUGGUAAACACACCCCCUAUCCACAUCACCCUGAGGCCGGGACAAAGACCUGUCUGGAGACCUCAAUAUCGCCUGAAAAAAGAACAACAAGACGGGAUAGCAGAUACCAUCACGGGGCUAUUACAAGCAGGAGUGAUCAUCCCCUACAGGUCCACAUGGAACACUCCUAUACUUCCGGUGACAAAGGGAGAGGGUAAAGGAUGGAGGAUGGUACAAGAUUUCAGACCUGUAAAUGAUGCAACUAUCCCAGAAGCAUUGCCAGUUCCAGACCCAUAUCUAGCCCUACAGAAUAUCGGGCCCCAGCAUCAGUAUUUCACCGUGGUGGAUCUUGCUAAUGCCUUCUUCUGUCUACCUUUGGCAGAAGACUCUCAGGAGUAUUUUGGGUUCACCUAUAAAGACCAGACCUACACAUACACCAGGCUGCCACAGGGUUAUCGUGACAGUCCCGGUCUGUUCAACCAUGCUCUCAGAACUCACCUCAAACCCUUAACCCUGCCUGCAGAUGUCACCCUUAUCCAAUAUGUGGACGACAUUCUGAUUGCUGCUCCAUCGGCUGAGGCAUGUCUGACAGCUACCCAUGCACUGUUGAAAUUGUUGGCAGCGAACGGCUACAAAGUCAAAAAAGAAAAACUACAAGUGUGUAGACGACUGGUCAUCUUCCUGGGAUGGGAAAUCUCACACUCCUCGCAUACUCUCACUGCUUCCCAGAAAUCUGCCAUCCUCUCACAUAACAAGCCGCGGACGGUACAACAGAUGUUGGCUUUCCUGGGGCUAACGGGAUACAGCAGAAACCAUGUCCCUUGCUAUGUUGACCUCACACAACCUCUGAGAGACAUAGUAGCAGAGGCAGGAAAUCGCAACCUAACUGCCGAACUGCUAUGGACACAAGCCGCCGAAGAAGCCUUCACACUCACCAAACAGGCACUGGCCCAGGCGACUGCUCUGUCCUCCCCAGAUUACACCAAAACUUUUAAUCUGGAUGUUUCUGAAAAAGCUGGGGUGGUAAAUGCAGUGCUUUUUCAGAAAAAGGAGGGAGAGAGAAGAGUGCUGAUGUACCACAGCUCAAAACUGGACAAUAUGGAAGUAGGACAAGCAGGAUGCACCAGAUACUUAGCAGCUCUAGCAAAAGCUAUCACCAAAACAAGUCACCUGGUAAUGUGCCACGAGCUGAAGAUAAACACAGACCAUGGAGUAGUAGCUUUCUUGGGAUCAAGCGCAUUCACUUUCUCAGCAGCAAGAAAAACAAAAAUCUCAGAGACCCUACUACAACCCCACAUCACAUACCACACAGAGGGGGUAAACAUGGCAAAAGGACUAAAUGCUGAGGAUGGACAGCCUCACAACUGUGCUGAAAAAGCAGAAAAAGAAGUGAAACUCAGACCAGACCUGGAAACAGAGCCACUACAGAACCCAGACAUGAUCCUGUUCACAGACGGCUGUUGUUACAAAGGAGAAAAUGGAAAUGUUGCCUCAUAUGCGGUGGUUGAGCAGCAGCCAUACACCAGAAAAUACACCACGAAAGAACAAGGAAUCAUCCCACAGCCGGCAUCUGCGCAACUAGCAGAAAUAAUCGCACUAACAAAGGCCCUCAAACUGGCUGAAGGAAAAAAGGUAAACAUCUACACAGACUCAGCCUAUGGCUAUGGAGCUGUGCAUGUAGAUGGACCACAAUGGAUAAGGAGGAAUUUUCUGACCACCGCCAACACUCCAGUGAAACACAGGAUGCAAUUAGAAGAAUUGGUGCACUCCAUAUCACUACCAGCAGAAGUGGCAGUGAUGAAGUGUAAAGGACACCAGAAAUUGGAUAACGACAUAGCCGAAGGAAAUGAUGCCGCAGACAAAGCUGCUAAAGAAGCCGGAGGCUACACACCCAGGCAAAUGGUGAUCACAGACUCCUCUCCAUUACCUGUUCUAACGGAAGAAGAUAUCAUCAAGAUACAAGAACAAGCCGGAGCAUAUGAACAGAGUGAAUGGGCAAGAAAAGGAGCUGUACAAAGGAAUGGAUUGUGGAGGUCACAUGAUGGACGACUGGUAGCUCCAGCAAAACUCUGCCACCUACUACUGAAGCAAGCCCAUGGACCAGCCCACGAAAGUAAACAAAGGACACAGAAGAACAUUGAAGCAUGUUGGUGGCACCCUCACAUGACCGCCCUAGUGGACAAUUACAUCACAGACUGCACCACAUGUAAUGAACAUAACCCCAAGCAAGCCUACAGGUGCCCCCUAGGGAAGUUCCCUGUGCCAGAAGCACCAUUCCAGGACAUCACCAUAGAUUUCACGGACAUGGGAGCAGAAAACAGAACAAAAGGAUACAGAUACCUGCUGGUAAUGGUGGACCGAUUUACCAAGUGGGUAGAGGCCAUUCCCUGCAAGAAUGAGUCUGCACAGACUGUGGUAAAGUGGCUGAAGAAUGAACUCAUCCCUAGGUACGGGGUUCCCAAGAGCAUUCGCUCAGACAAUGGCUCACACUUUAGCAACAAAGAACUAGCUGAAGUAGAAAAAGCAUUAGGCAUAACACACAGGUUUGGAGCAGUGUACCACCCUGCAUCACAAGGGUUAGUAGAAAGAGCUAACCAAACGCUAAAACGAAAAAUAGCAAAAAUAUGCUACGGCACUAAGCUCACGUGGGUGGACGCACUCCCUCUAGCGCUAAUGUCAAUGAGGACCUCCCCAGGUUCAAAAACACAUCUAACACCACAUGAGUUGCUGACGGGCAGGCCAAUGCCUGGACCACCCCGAGAGGGAGGUCAUAUGCCCUCUCUGGAUGUGUGGCAGGUGAGCUGUGAUGAGUACAUGACUGCACUGACUAAUCUCAUUCGAGUUUUGUCUAAACAGGUACAGCUGGCCGGACCCGAAGCAACUCCAGCGGAGACUCCAGCAAUAAAGGUAGGAGAUUGGGUGCGUGUGAAAGUCCACAAAAGAAAGUGGCUGGAUCCCAGGUGGACAGGACCCUAUGAAGUUACUGAAGUAACUUCCCAUGCGGUCCAGGUAAAAGGUAAAGCUGGAGCUAAUUGGCACCACCUGACACAUUGUGCACCUGGAUCUCCACCCUCACGCACUUUGGCGGAGGUUAGAACUGAUUUGGCUGAACUAGGUGAGGGUUCAAAGGAGAUAGACUGAAAAAAAAAAAAAAAAAAAAAAAAAGACAAGACCCUCAUCAACACCAUGGUUGAAUUAAACAGACGACCAUGGCACCCCUUUAGGCACCCAGGCUGGUGUGGGCUAAGGGGAACAUUGUGUGUGUUUUUGUUCAUAUCAUUAAUCAUAGUACUCCCCAUUAUAUUGUGGGAGGUUAAUAAUAAUCACACCACUAAUACUACUGACAGCAUUGCAGCAAAACAGGAUGGCUCUGGACAUGUUGUUAGCUGAAAAAGGAGGAGUUUGCAAGAUGUUUGGAGAGUAUUGCUGCACGUACAUACCCAACAACACUGCGCUAGAUGGGAGUAUCACAAAGGCCUUAGCAGGCCUCACCUCCCUGUCUCUUGAGCUAGCAGAAAACUCUGGGGUAGAUGACCCAUUUGGAGGAUGGUUUGACAGCUAUUUUGGAAAAUAUAAAGCUUUGAUUAUGUCUCUGGUUGUUUCUAUUGGGUGUUUCUUGGCAAUUUUAGUUUGUUGUGGCUGUUGUUGCAUUCCAUGCCUUAGAACUUUAAUUAACCGACUGAUCACCACCGCUCUCUCAAAAGAGAAGGAUCCUCCUCCUUAUCAGAUGCCCUUAUUGAGCAAAGAAAUGGAGUCAGAUGAUGAAGAUGAGGGAGAUGAGGAGGUGGCUUCUGAAAUCUGGAUCCCAGGGUGGGCUGAUGUCAGUCCUAGGAGAGAUUCUGAUCCUGAAGAAGAUGAGAGGGCUAGUGAAGGAGAAUAGUACAGUUCAUUGAGUGCUCUACCUACAGGGAAAGAGGGUUACAUGAUUCCAGGUCACAACGGAUGACCUGUACAAGGAGAAGACAAGACUAGGUAUUGUAGCCUGUGACUGUUGCUUACUACUGAUGGAGGUUUACACCUUAAAAGGUGUAAAAGGAGGGAUUUGUGAGAAAUAUUAAAAUGUAUGUUGCAUUAUUAAGAGAGUGUUGUUUAUUAUUUGUUUAUUAUUUGUUUAUUAAUUGUUCUUUAGUAUUAUGAUGAUUACUGUUGCUAUGCGUUGGGGGGGCGCUAGGGUGAGACUCAAGGCAGUCACGCACACAUAGGGAGACACCAGAAGAACAGGAUGACAGGUGACCGCCUCAGAUGUUUAAAGUAAGAAACAACUCCUAACAGGGUGAAGAGGCGGUUACAGGAAAAGGGAGAGUAGGUUUUUUCUCUAGGUGAGGACAGCUCAGAUGAAGGAGGCACUGUGCCAAGAGGCUGGGACCAGCCUGUGCACCAACGAAGGGAGAGCUGAGUCUAAACCAUGGUUUCUCCCCAACCUUUUCACCAAUCAGAUAGUUACAAAAAUACAUACAAAACUCUGUGUAACUGCUAAGAUAGACACUCUUCUCUGGGACGUUGGCCACAGCUAACUGCUUGCAGACUGUGGUUUUCAGAUCAGAGGAGAUCCAUGUACAUGCUGAUUUUGAUUCUUUAAUAGCAAAUAAAUAUUUGUUUAAAUGGAUAA